GUGUGAGCUUCGACGGACAAAGUGACAUUCCGUUCCUCCUUCCCGACCCUAUCAACUCCUCACUUCACAUACAUCCCCAACGUUCUCGACUUGACUGCAUGCUGCACAAAGUCUUUUUCCCCCUCUCCAAUCAUUAGAUGCCUUACGUCCCUGCCUCUUUCUCUGCUUCGAUCUUCCGCAUCUCAACGCGCGUUCCGACCCCGCGCCUAUCUCCAUAACUGUCGGUCACUUGGGUUUCUCGAUCGCGUCACCACCCCUUUCGUUCAAACCCGUCUCGCACAUUCGAGUCUCUGCACAUUUCUGUCUGCAAUGGGACCUGGGGAGUUGACCAUACACCUUUGAGACUUGAGACUUUCUGUUGUUCCUCCUUCUGCUCAACCGUUACUUCCGAGCACAUUCACAGCUUGCCCCUGCAGCAGGCGACUGAUCGUCUGUGCCUGACCGCCAGGUGCACCUGCCCCAGCCUCGAUAUCGACGAUCGAAAAGAUACUGCCAACCACACUACAACAGCUGCGCUCAAGAUGGUUGUCAUCGUAGAUCUUGAAGACGAAAACGUCGAGUUAACCUUUCAGACACCUGCUCCUCGACGUGUCUCGGUCGCAAAACCCAAUACGCCCAGCCUCAGCUUGGAUGACGACCUGCAUGAACCGAAUACGAGGUCGAUCUUCCAAAACUGCAUUACGCGAGCCUUUGGACAAUAUCCCAUCGUCGAAUCCGUGGUGCAGCACAUCGACCUCAACACUCUCGACAGCCUUUCCCGUACCUCCUACCUCAUACACGAGGGCUUGAUUCAAUACCGCUCUAGUUUACUGAAGGCAACGCUACGCUGCAUCAACAGUGAAGAGCCGAUUGACCCUGAGUCGACUCUGCGUUUCCGCGCCAGAGCCGGCAACCACUACUUCGAAGCAGAUCCCCGUUCUCUGCGUUCCGGUUCUUACCUUCCAUACAAUGGCAAGAGCGGCCAAUGUGCUCGCGACUUGGUGAGCGAGUGCAGGUUAUGCGGCGUCUCCGUUUGCAGAGUACGUUUGAUCUCCCCGAGUGUGGCACAUACAUGCCAAGCCGAGGAACAUGCUGACGGUCCUCGCAGAACUGCACUAUCAAGCGGCCUGGUGCCGCUGCUGCCGCGGAGCGGUUAUAGGCGACUCUGCACAUCGUGUGUCGAUGCGCCUAUCGGGGCUUUACUGGGUCCACCAAUCGACCCCGAUACUCCUCAGGAGGCGGACGAAGUUCAACGAGAACUCUGCCAGUGUGAUGAGAAUGCCGGUGUAUGGCUGUGCCAGCCCUGUGGCAAGGGCAUCCGCGCUUCUGAUUCGGACUACAAUUGUGUCUGGAAAUGGCGUAAUCACUAUGGAGAAGUCUUGGGCGGACUUGGAACGGGCAUUGGAGACGGCGAUCGAGGCGUCAUAUGCGGGCGGGAAAGCGAUUGCGUCGCAGCCAAGGAGGUUGAACAAAGAGACAGAUUGCGAUGCCGAAGAUGCCCGCGAAUCUUCGCUAGAAACGAUCACUCCGCCUGGCACACCCGGAUCGUUCUUGCACCGCCAGGACAGCAGCAGCAGCGUCAGCUCUCAUGA